CCCACUUACAUGUUUUUAACUUUAAACAAAUAACACUACUAUUGAUAAAGAAACUAUAUUUUGAUAAACAGUUAAAUUGGGUCGCAAGUUCAGCACAAUCUGAUUAAACAGUACGUGAGGUUAUUAGUUGUCAACGCUGCUCAGUUUUAGUGUGUUUACAGAGGUUAACAAUAGAAAUAGAACGUUAAAAAUCGUGAAUCAUUGUUGCACAAUGUUACCGGUGUUUUAUAUUAUACUUAUUGUUUUUGUUAAUACAUUAGAAUGUGCUAGAUAUUCCUCGCUAGAUAAUACAUACUUGAAAGGUAAGGAGGCGUAUGCAAAAGAACGUUGGUCAGAAUGCAUAGUGCAAUUCGAGGAGGCCCUGCAUUUACAUAAAUUAUAUCAAUCAAUAACAAACAAUUGUCGCCUACAAUGCAAACGAAAAAAUCAGAAAUCACUGCUUAAAGAAGACAUCGAGGACCUAAAAGUAUUGGAGUAUAUACUAAAUGCAAAGGACUGCAUAUCAAAAUGUCAUAAAAACGAAUUUUAUAAUGUAGGCUUGCUUAGUAAUGCAUCGGACUCAGUUCUUAUAUCUAUGCAACAAAUGAAGCCAUAUGAAUUUUUACAUAUUUGCUAUUUUCAAAUGAAUGCCCUGCCUAAAGCAGCAUCUGCUGCAUACACCUUCUGGGUUGCUAAUCCAGAUGAUAAUGCCAUGAAAAACAAUGUUGAUUUUUACUUACAGCAACCAGAAGUCGACAUAAAGAGUGUAAAGAAUCUUCAAAGUCAGGACUAUCAUUAUUACCACAAACUAGGUCUGACCACUUAUUCCCAAAACAACUGGGAUGAUACAGUAAUAAACAUGGAGAAUGCUUUGAGUCACUACCUCUCAUGGGAAAAUACUUGUCGAGCGGCAUGUGAAAGUCAACCAGAACAAGAAUGGUCUUCAGAAUUUUAUGUGUCUGUUUCCUACAAUGUGGCAUCCCUACUUAUAUGCAGACAAAGCUGUCAAACACAAUUGAAACCUUUUUAUGAUUCCGGAAUCGAGUUUUUGGCAGAUACACUUAAUUACUUGCAGAUUUGCUAUUACCAUUCUCACAAACUCAGUGAUGCCGCAAAAGCUGUUGCGAGCUAUUUACUGCUUCUACCUGAUGAUGAAGAUAUGUUGGAAAACAAAAAUAUUUACAAACACCUCAUUGAUGAAAACAGGUUUGAGGAAAGGUCAGAUAUUGCAUACUACUUGACACGAGACAAAUAUGAAAAAAGACUACUGGAGUUAUUUCAUGACGACAACUUUGUUAACCCUGAAGCCAAUGGUUUUUAACUAUAAAUACAUAUAAGUUAAUAAUUGAAUACAGUACAGAGUA